AUGACGCUUCUCAUGACAUUUGCACAUCUUAUCAUUGUUCUCACGGCGUUGAUUAGACCGAGUUCAGCCCAUCCGCAAGUCAAUCGCGACAUCACGUCCGGCUCAGUCACCUCGACGUAUUUGCCCACCAAGACGUUCACGGGCGCUCCAAUCUGCAACACCGGUGGGGGAGACUGGCGAAUAGAUCCCCCGACAGCGAUGCGACUUGCCCAGGUUUUUUGCGAUGAACUUGUCAAGCCACAGAACUAUCCCGUCGAAGGAGCCAGUUUCUUCUCGGCACACUAUCCCAGCGAAUUGUCUCCGCAGCCCGGGUCUCCAAACUACACUGAGAUUGAAUUGUCCGGGCUUUUCGCGAGGGGCGGACUGUACAGAUCGAAGCCAUGGGUGGCCGAGGGUGUUCUUCACGUCGAGGGCACGGACGAACAGUGCGAGAGGGACAAUUGCACCAGCGCCCUACAGAGCGCCAUUGGAAUGUGCGAAUGGAACUCCCACUACGUCGGCGGAGACAACGACUUCCUCUCCGAUUGUGGCGUAUACAGCAUCCUGAUCGCCAAUUGCAGCGGCAACUGGUUCGACCCGGACUGUGACAAAUGGCACGAAAUGCAUCCCAACGUCGGACUUUCCAAGAACGAGAGCCUCGCCUCCCUCGGCCUGCUCCCUUCAACAAACACCACUACGAGUGUGUCGAUAACGCAGAAACCAUUAACAUCGGGGUCGGGGACAACGCAGAAACCAUUGCCAUCGGGGACAGCCACAGCGACAGAGACCAUCACCCUUCCUUUGUCUUUGUCUUGA